AAUAUAUUUAAUUUAACACUCUUGCUUUGCUUUAGUUGUCAUUGUCCCAUAUCCACCGAACCAACUUUAACUUGUUAUAUUAUUAUUCCCCCUCCCAUCCCCAUAAAACCCACAACACAAGUCUCUCUUUAUAUAUAUUAUUGGUUCAGUACUUGCUUGCAUUGCUUUCUCCCAAAGUGAAAUAAUAUGGGUGUUCUUGAUUAUUUAUCAAAUUUUUGCACCGUCACCGACACAAGACGACGUACCAAGAGAAGACCAUUGCAGACAGUGGAGAUAAAAGUGAAGAUGGACUGUGAUGGAUGCGAAAGAAGAGUCAAGAACGCAGUUAGACGCAUGAAAGGUGUGAAAACAGUGGAAGUGAUUAGGAAACAACACAGGGUGAUAGUGAGUGGAUAUGUUGAUCCACAGAGAGUGUUGAACAGAAUAAAGAGCACUGGAAAAAGAGCAGAGAUGUGGCCAUAUGUUCCAUAUAAUUUGGUGUCCUAUCCAUACGUAGCUCAAGCAUAUGAUAAAAAGGCACCUUCUGGUUUUGUUAAAAAUGUGCCACAGGCUGUAAUUAACCCUAAUGCUGCUGAAGAAAGGAUUACCUACCUUUUUAGUGAUGAUAAUCCCAAUGCUUGUUCUAUUAUGUGAAGUUUAAGAUUUACUUUUCCCUUCUUAAUUAUUCCAAGAUCAUGUUUUUUUUUUUCCUUGGUCUUUAGGAACUUUGUAAAAGAAUCUUAUAUUAUGUAUUUGUCAUAUUGUAAUUAAGAUCGGCGUUAUAAGAUGGAGCCAAUAGCUUGAACAAUGGAAAGUUACGUUUAUGUAAUGAGCAAAUUGUUUUGUUGUGUUUGAAUUUGAA